AUGGCCAUUUGGGAUUUCUCUUGCAUUUUUUGUGUAGUUGUACUCCUAUUGACUUGUGUUGAAGCCAAAAUUCUUGGUGUCUAUACUGGCGGAGGAUGGCAAACUGCCCAUGCAACAUUCUACGGUGGAAGCGACGCCUCAGGAACCAUGGGUGGUGCUUGUGGGUAUGGGAACUUGUAUAGUCAAGGAUAUGGAGUGUCCACUGCAGCCUUGAGCACAGCCCUUUUCAACAAUGGAUUCAGCUGUGGAGCCUGUUUUGAGAUCAAAUGUAGAGAUGAUCCACAGUGGUGCCACCCGGGCAGCCCCUCCAUAUUCAUUACAGCCACCAACUUCUGCCCACCAAACUAUGCACUGCCUAAUGACAACGGAGGGUGGUGCAACCCUCCACGCCCUCACUUCGACCUUGCCAUGCCCAUGUUCCUCAAGAUCGCCGAAUAUCGGGCUGGCAUCGUCCCCGUCUCCUUCCGCCGAGUGCCUUGCAAGAAGCCUGGAGGGAUGAGAUUCACAAUCAACGGCUUUCGUUACUUCAACUUGGUUUUGAUCUCCAACGUCGCGGGUGCAGGGGACAUAGUAAAGGUGUGGGUCAAGGGCUCGAGGACUGGUUGGAUGUCGAUGAGCCGCAAUUGGGGACAAAAUUGGCAGUCGAAUGUCGUUUUGGUUGGCCAAUCCCUUUCUUUCAGAGUUAAAGGUAGUGAUCAUCGUACUUCCACCUCGUGGAACAUCGUACCUUCUCAUUGGCAGUUUGGUCAAACCUUUGCUGGAAAAAACUUCCGAGUUUAA